AAGGCAUAGCGGGGGCAAUGUCAAGGUGGUUAUAAGGCUUGGUGCAUCCCUGACGGCCGGUCAUUCCACGCGGAGAAAUUCGAUCGAAGAAGAUCUGACCAGGAGGCGAACGAGCAAGAGUAUCAUGAAGAGCAUCUCGUUUGUUUUCGCGUGUUCGUUGGUGAUCGUUGGCGUGCAAGCGAUCGGAAAGUACAGGGGACUAGAGUUUUUGGAACCUUGCUCGAGAAGCGAUUACAAUAUCGAGAGCUGCCUUGCAAGAUCGGCCAAUGCACUCACCGACCGCUUCCGCCACGGUUUACCGCAAUUGGGAUACACAGAGGUGGAGCCCAUCAUCCUUGACGAGCUCCAUAUUGCUCUUGGCGAGGGACCAGAUGGGUAUAGAGCUCAGUUCAAGAAUAUCACUGCACGAGGUGUUUCCACGUUACGAGUGACAGGUUUGAGGGCCAGAUUGUCAGACGACGAGGUUCAAUUGCAAUUAGCCCUCAGCAUCCCGAAAAUCAGAGCUGCUGCUAAGUACAGGUCGAGUGGCACCUUGCUUUUGGUCAAGGCAAGCGGAGCUGGAGAUUAUUGGGGCGAAUACGAAGGUGGAAAAUGUGGUGUUUGUGCGAGUGAAUUGAAUUUUCUUGAUGUUUGAUGUAUUUAAAGAGGG